AUGGCCAAGUUUGGUGAAGGGGACGAACGAUGGAUCGUGGACGAGCGCGCGGACGGCGCGAACGUGCACGGAUGGCACUGGGAAGAGAAAGACGCCUUACCCUGGUCCCGCGAGAGACUCGGUGCGCUCUGCGGGGGCGCGGAGGCUAAGAAGGAUGCUUUGCUCCAAGCGUUUCCAGAAGUUUCCUUUGUCAAGUGCGUCGGUUUGACCAAGUGCGAGGGCGAGGCGUACGUGAAUAAGAGGAAGGGUAAGAUCAUUCCGGGGUACGAGUUGGAGGUGGAGAUCGCGUACGAAGGGGAGUGUCGAGGGAAGGCGUGCGGUGGUAAGGUUAAGAUGCCGUACGUGGCGGAUGAGAACGCGGACGAGGACCCAGAGUGCGUCGCGGCGCCGGCGUCGGACUCCACCGAGGAUUCUAUCGUAAGAGAGGCGGUGUUGAAGACGUUGGUGCCGAUCAUCUUAGAGGGCGUGCGGACGUUCGUGAAGGAAAUGGCGAAGGGUGGACCCGGUGGCGACGCACCAGUCAGCGCCGAGGCGGCGGCGAAAGCCGAGGCGGCGAAAGCGGCAGACGCGGCUAAGAAGGCCGCAGCAAAGGAGAACACGCGGAGCGACAAAGCCGCGCCAUUAUCGCAGAAGAAUCACACCAUCAAAAUCACCGAGAACUUUUACUGUCGACCGAGGGAUAUCUGCGAAGCACUGAUGGACGGUAGCCGAGUGAUGCACUUCACUCGUUCGAGGUGCAGCGGUUUGAACGGAUCCACAGGAAAGUUUGACAUGUUCGACGGUAACAUUCAAGGCGAGACCAUAGAUUACGUCCCCGGGGAGAAGAUCGUUCAGAAGUGGCGCUUCAACUCGUGGCCGGACGAUCACUAUAGCACCGUGACUAUAACCUUUCGAGAGCCCGAUCCUGGAAACUGUUGGGUUGACCUCGUGCAGACCGACGUCCCGGAGUGCGACAAGUUCGGCAACGAAACAGUGAUGGACACCACUGAGAACGGUUGGAAAAAUUUGAUCUUCGCUCGCAUCCGCCAGGUCUUCGGCUACGGCGCGUGA